AUGGAGCUUGCUGGAGUUAACUGGGCGCUCACUGUCACAGGGUUUCUCCUGUGGACAAGCAGUGCAUUUGCAGCACCCAUGGAGUGCCACUUCGACUCCAGAGCUCUGUGUGAGUUUGAGGGGAGACAUUACUCACUGGGUGAAUCCUGGAUGGACAACGCUUGUAUGCAGUGCACCUGUCUGCACCCUGUGGGUGUCGGUUGCUGUGAGACGGUUCAUCGGCCAGUGGAUUUCCCCGCGUGGUGCGAGAUACGUGUAGAGCCCGUGACCUGCAAAGUGACCCUGGUCCAGACAGCCGACACCCGCCUGCCAUGCUCCCCAGGUGAGGACAUCAACGACCCCAGCCAUGGAUCACUUCAGCUGCAGCAACAGCUGGAGGGGUAG